AUGAAACGUAUUACAUUGUUGAAAAUCACCCCAUGGGUACUAGCAUCAACUCUUAUCACUGAUGUGUUAGCGGCACCAGACGAAAAGAAGGUCGGUUUGAAUACCAUUGAAAUGACUCCAUUCCCUCAAUGGCUUACCGAUAUAACUGGUUUAACGCAGUGGCCAGAGGCUGAUCCACCCUAUAUUCCCUUAAGUAAUAUUGACUUGAGCAUUGUGCCUGAUUAUAAACCUUACCGCGAGAGUGAGUGUCAUUUGAACCCAGUUGAUUCCUGUUCUUUUGACUGUUUUAAGUGCAUUGCAUUUGACGACGUCCAUACUUGUUCUAAGUUGAUUCAAACUUUUGAUGAUGGUCCAUCUGAAGCAACGCCACUGUUACUUAACCACCUUCGUCAUAAAACAACCUUUUUUAACUUGGGUUAUAAUGUUGUCCGUAACCCAGGUGUUUACCAAAGAAUGGUAGCUGAGGGUCAUUUGAUCGGCACUCAUACAUGGUCCCAUCCAUUCUUGCCUAGUUUAUCCAACGAGCAAAUUGUAGCUCAGUUACAGUGGUCCGUUUGGGCAAUGAACGCCACAGGUAACCACCUACCUCGUUGGUUCAGACCACCAUACGGUGGUAUUGACAACCGUGUCAGAGCUAUCGCUCGUCAAUUUGGAUUGACAUCUGUGUUAUGGGAUCACGAUUCUUUCGACUGGAUGAUGCAAUCAACUGACUUUACCAGAACCGAACAGCAAAUCUACGAUGAUGUUGCCGAAUGGAUCCAAGGUGGCAGCGGUAUUAUCUUGGAACACGAUGGACAUGACAGAACAGUGAACAUUGGUAUCCAAAUCAACAAUAUGAUUGGACCAGACCAGAUGACUGUUGCCGAAUGUGCCGGUGGAGUUGACUAUUUGAAAAACCUUCCACACUUUGCAAGGUUAUCUAGUGUUGAAAAAAAAUCAGAUGAUCUAACUAAAAGAAUAGCUCAUGAACAAGACCAGGAAGAUGAUGAAGGAGAUGAUGAUCAGGAUGACGCUGAGACUGAAGAUUCUUGA